GCUCACUCAUCAGUGGAAAGGGCUGCACUAAUUGGUGGUGUGAAGAUGAAAAAUGUUUCUUCAGAUGAUACUUUUAGUGUUUGUGGUUCAGCCCUAAAGAAAGUUUUGGAUGAAGACAAAGCUUCUGGUCUUAUCCCAUUCUUUUUCUGUGCAACACUUGGAACCACACCUUGCUGCUCCUUUGAUAAACUGCUAGAACUGGGUCCUAUUUGUAAUAAGGAAAAUGUCUGGAUGCAUAUUGAUGCAGCUUAUGCUGGGAGUGCAUUCAUCUGCCCUGAAUUCAGGCAUCUUUUAAAUGGAGUGGAGUUUGCAGAUUCAUUUAACUUCAAUCCUCACAAAUGGCUCCUAGUGAAUUUUGACUGCUCUGCUAUGUGGGUGAAAAAAAGAUCAGAUUUAAUAGGUGCCUUUAAAUUAGAACCUCUUUACCUGCAGCAUCACCAUCAGGAGUCUGGCCUUGUAACAGAUUAUCGGCACUGGCAAAUCCCUCUGGGGAGGAGGUUCCGCUCCCUGAAGCUCUGGUUCGUGCUGAGGAUGUAUGGAGUCACGGGACUGCAGGAGCACAUCCGCAAGCACGUCAGGCUGUCGCAUCAGUUUGAACAUUUAGUCCGUCAGGAUGAAAGAUUUGAGAUCUGUGCUGAAGUUGUCUUGGGACUAGUCUGUUUUCGGCUGAAGGGCUCAAAUGAACUAAAUAAGGCGCUUCUUAAAAGCAUAAAUGAGGCCAAGAAGAUUCAUCUGGUCCCGUGCCACCUACGAGAGAAGUUCGUGCUACGUUUUGCUAUUUGUUCCCGCACAGUGGAAUCCACCCACGUCAAGUUUGCUUGGCAGCACAUCUCACAGCUGGCAACUGAUCUUCUGAAAACAUGGGAGCAAAACCACCACCAGCAGUAACAGCACUGAGUAGCAGUGGGGAGGAGGUAAUUAACUGGCUUUCUCUGUGUUGCCAAGUUUUAUUUUAGGGGCAGGUGGGAAAGUCAAAUUAUGAAGGAAAAAAAUACAAAACCUGUUGUUAUAUAGCCCAGCUGCAGUAGCAGAAUCCUUGGCAGCAAGUUGUGUUGCAACCUUAGUCAUUCUUUCUCUGUACUGUAGUUUCAUUUUGCCUGUUUCCAGGAUGCACAUAGCCAUGGGGGCUUGAGCUGUCCUUUCUUACCAGUUUGUAAUCCAGAGCAUUUAUUGAACCAGGCAAUGGAAAUGGAAGGAUUAGUGGUUCCUCCGUUGUCCCCA